AUGAUAAAAUAGAUAAAUUGUAAACAUUAUAAAAGAAAUUGUGAUAAGAAAGCUCCAUGCUGUUAAAUAUAUUAUCCUUGUAGAUUAUGUCAUGAUUAAAAUUACAAAGGACCUAAAUCUGAUGGUUGCAAAGUUGAAACUAUGGAUAGAUAUAAUGUUAAAGAAAUUCGUUGUAGAACUUGUUUAACAGAAUAACCACCUUCUAAUUUAUGCAAUAAUUGUGGAAUUUAAUUUGCAAGAUAUUAUUGUGAAAUUUGCAAAUUAUAUGAGGAUGAUAAAAAAAAAAAUAUAUUCCAUUGUGAAUAAUGUAAAAUGUGUAGAUUAGGAAAGAGAGAAGAAUUUUUUCAUUGUGAAAAAUGUGAUGUUUGUUUAUCAAUUUCAAUAAAACCUUAACAUAAUUGUAUUGAAAAAGCUUUUGAACAAAAUUGCGCUGUUUGUAUGGAUUAUCUCAAAAAUUCAACUUAAUUAAUAUAAUAAUUCACUAAUUGUCCUCAUUUUAUUCAUGUAAAAUGUUUGGAAAAAAUGCUAAAGAAGGGCUUAUAUAAUUGUCCCAAUUGCAAUGUCGCAAUUUAUGUAUAUAAGUAUUUGAUUAAGUUAGAAAAUGACUUAAUAAGAAAUCUAAGAUCUGGAUUAGAUUAAUGAGCAUAUGAAGAAUGAAUUAAGUGAAGAAUAAUUAAAAUAAGUUGUAGACAUAAUAUGUUCUGAUUGCUAAGCUAAAAGCAGUGUCUAAUUUAACAUUUAUUUAAAAUGUUCAAAUUGUGGCUCAUAUAAUACUAAAAAAUGA